AUGGCGGCACAACUCAUUGCUCUGCCAGCCAUAGAGCGUCUCAGUCCUACUUGUAUCCGCAUAUUGGGUGGUAACCCAGGCAAAUUCACUCUUCAAGGCACAAACACAUACCUUCUUGGUACAGGACGUCGUCGGCUUCUCAUUGACACAGGUGAAGGUCGCAAAGCGUGGGUCACGUCCAUUCGCGACACUCUGCAGCAGGAGAAUGCAACCAUCGACGCCGCACUCAUUACGCACUGGCAUCAUGAUCAUACAGGCGGUAUAAAGGAUCUUUUAAGCAUAUCACCCGGGACGAGAAUUUACAAACAUACACCAGGUGAAGAGCAACUAGGCAUCAACCAUGGACAGUGCUUUGAGGUUGAUGGCGCGACGCUAACAGCGGCGUACACUCCGGGACACACCAAGGACCAUGUUGUGUUUGUACUCCAGGAGGAAGAUGCAAUGUUCACUGCCGAUAACGUGCUCGGUCAAGGCACUGCAGUUUUCGAAGACUUGGCCGCCUACCUGGGGAGCCUGGAGGAAAUGAAGGGUCUCUUCAAAGGCCGGGCGUACCCUGGACACGGGCCAGUUAUCGAGGACGGUCCAGCCAAGAUUACAGACUAUAUCGUUCACCGAAAACAGCGUGAAAAGCAGGUAAUCCAGACACUGAAAACAGGGCCCGAUGGAAAGGAGACUCAAGAUCCCAUGCUAUGGUUUGCUUGGUCAGCGACAGAGCUGGUCGAGGUGAUAUACAAGGACGUGCCCAAGGAUCUCCACCCAGCAGCUCGUGGUGGUGUUUUGCAAAUUUUGGGAAAGCUAGAGGGCGAGGGCCGUGUAUCCCAUGACGGCAAUAAGUGGAAGAUGUUGGCGGAGGAUCGCUCGUCGCUGUAA